AUGAAAGCAAUAAGAAGAAGCUAUUCUUUACUCUUCCCCUGGAGAUUCAAUGAUAAAAGCCCAUUCAGGCUUUUUCCUGUAUCAAAGCUGCUCUUUACUGAGCUUGAUGAAGCUCGAGAAGGAUUCUUACAAGCUUACGACGAAGUCUUAAAGUCUUUAGAAGACUACGAUUUCGAACAUUUAAAUUCUAUCAUGGAGCCGAGAUUAUUUUCAGAAAUUAAGAUCGGUCUGAAUUCAAUAAAAGGCAGAGAGCAAUGCGUCAAAAGAAUAAAUACUGACGAUCAUGUAGAUGUGUAUUUUUAUAAUCAAAACCUCUAUAUUGGAGCUGAAAUCGACAGGUCAAAGAACGAAAACCUUUAUCCUGAGCCAAUAACUGUAAUGAGAUAUAAUCCUCGCAAUCUCAAUGAUAUGAGAAGAAUUUCAAUUGAUAAAUGACAUAUAUAUGGGAUCUCUUCAAAUAGCUUUAUUUUGAAAAUUGAUGUUGUAUUUAAUACCUCAAAAAAGCUGGUGAUAGUUAAUGAGAAAGAUGAAAAAAUUGUGGGAGAUAUCAGUGAUUCUCGAGAAACUCAUAAGUUCCGAUUUGAAAAAAUGAUUAAGGGUGAGGUGGGAAGCUUCAAAAAAAUUGAACUGGGUAUUAAGGCUUUAAGCUAUUCAUUAUUUCCGAGAUUUGGAGUAAAUCCUUUUGAGGAGUCUGAGUGGAUUAUUACUGAUAUUGAUGAUUUUUUAAAUGGAAAUCCUUAUAAAGCAAUUGAAAAUUCGUAA